UCAAUCUCCGGUGCUGCAGGUGCAGGAGCGAGAAUACAAAGUUGUUUUGAUCUCUUUUUGUUGAAUUAAAUAUUAAUUCCAUGUAGCGUGCGUGACUUGACAAAGAAUAUUCGCUUUUAUAUUUGAUGACUUGACCGACAUCGGCGUAAAAUGGAGAGAGUAGCCGAGAGGAACAAAAUCCGCCGAUUGGCAAUCGCUUCUCGAAUUGCCGUCCUCUCGAUUCAGUGUUUGGCCAGCAACCUGCUACCCCACCACGAGACGGACGUCUUCCAGGCGGCCAAGAGCCCUUUGGAUACGCCGCGGCCACUGGACCCCGUGGUCUCCUUCCUUUUCGGCGGCCUGAUGCGUUGGGACGGCCAGUAUUUCCUCCACGUCGCCCGGCACGGCUACACCUACCUCAACACCCUGGCUUUCUUUCCCCUGCUGCCGAUGGCAGGUUCUUUCCUGGCCUCGCUUGCCUCCCCUCUGACAGUCCUGCUGUCGCCUCCCCUUCUGCUGCUCCUAAUCUUCACGGGGCUCAACCUUUACUGCUUCGUACGGGCCGCCCUGGCGCUGUACGACCUGAGCGCGGCGCUGAUGCCGAUCAGGUCGAUCCUGCCGUACCGGGCGGCCGCGCUCUUCUGCCUGUCGCCGGCCUCCAUCUUCUUCUCGGCGCCCUACUCCGAGUCCCUGUUCGCCAUGCUCACCUUCUCGGGCCUGGCGCGCCUCAACACCCUGCAGCCCUUCCCCUCGUCGGCCCUGCUGCUCGCCCUGAGCACCGCCUGCCGCUCCAACGGCCUGCUCAACCUGCUGCAUCCCAUCCACCAGCACCUCCGCUUCCGGCGGCCGCACCUGGCGCUGCUGUUGCUCCUCGUCCUGCCGCUGCCCUUCAUCCUGUUCCAGAUUUUCUCCUACGGAAGGUUCUGCCUCGACCCCCACUACUCGCUACCGCUCUUCCUUAUAAAACACGCUCAUGAUAAUGACUAUCUGGUUGCGGGAAGCACUCCUCCUCCGCCCUUUUGCCUGCAGUCCAUUGCGCUGCCCUACCAGUACGUCCAGAGCUCCCACUGGCAGGUGGGCUUCCUCAGGUACUUCGAGUGGAAGCAGCUGCCCAACUUCCUGCUAGCGGCGCCGCUGCUUUUCCUGGUGAUAUCGUGCGGCUGGCGAUUUUUCCUCGACUACACAGGGCACUGCCUCACGCUCGGCCUCUCAGUGACGAGGCCUAAGUCGGUGCCGGGACAGCUCCCACCGCACACGCUGCCAAUGGUCGUGCACACUGUCUUCCUCGCCCUCUUCUGCUUUUUCUGCAUCCACGUCCAGGUGACAACGCGGCUAGUAGCCUCGUCAUGUCCGGCGUUCUACUGGUUCGCCGCAAUGUGGUCUAGUCAAAAUGAAAGCAGAAUUGCCGAGUCUAAGGAAAACAUCAAGAGCAGUUGGCGCUGUUUUUUGCUGUGCGUCCGCCCCCAAGACUGGAGAGGCGUUUUCGUGCGUCUCUACUUCCUAGGCUACUUUCUAGUCGGUUCUAUCGCGUUCAGCGUCAACCUGCCCUGGACGUGAGAGAAAAAAACCAAGUCCCUAUAUAAUUUAAAAUUUUAUACGGAAUGGGCGGUUCAGAAUGGAAAUUGUCCACACAGAUUUUGGUUUAACUAAUUAUAUUUGGCUUCUUAAUUAUGAGCUGAAAUAAUUUUUCCAUGAGAAUUAAGAUUAAGUUGCAUCAUUUUGAUCAAUCGUAAUUGCUAAUAACUGUCCAUUGUUUCGUUAAAUUUGUUCAAACAUGUGUCUCACAUUAGUCAAGUGUGUGUGAAUUUAAAUUUAAUUAAAAGACACAGGUUCUAUAACGAGUAAACCUGAAAA